UGCAUGUCCGUUGGCUUUACCUAUGGUCGGCUGCAGGUACCGUCUGGCUGCGUUGUUGAUCUGUGACGUUCUUGUUCCAUGCCGGGAAAGACGAAAGUUGGGGUGAUGUGCUCUCUUCAUGGCUUUCCUGCCUUUCCACCAGUGGGGCAUAUCUCCUUGUGUGAGGUGGAGGGGAGAGUGCACUCCAUGCAUGCAGAACAGGCCGAUGUCCUUCUUUUUACCAACGCAGUUGCAUCACAUCCUCGCAUUACAAUUACCCGAGACUUACUGCACUCAAGUGUUUGUCGAGAAGACUCACGGAGAAUUUUCCUUCCAGUUUCAGAAACACUAUUCAAGAAACUGACAAAUGUUUGGUAUGAACAAGGGCUGGUAGAGGCACUGCAUGUUACAGCUGAGCCACAAGAUGGCAGGGAGGUGCCUGUAGUUCUACAGGUCAUUGCUGCUUACAUGCUUAGAGUAAUUUCUGGGAUGAACUACAUACGCAACUCAUUCCAUCCUCAUCUCAGGGAGAGUGGAGACAAACUCAUUGCUGCUGUAUCACAGACACGAGCCUGGCCCAUUAGUCCUGUGCGGUGUCUGGCGUGGCAUCCACAUUGCACCAAGCUGGCUGUAGCAGCAUGGGAUGACUCUGUUCGUGUGUACAGCCCAGGCACGUCCAUCACACCCAUUCUAAAAUGCAAGAGUCAGCGUGCUGUGUCCUGUAUGGCAUGGAGGCCAUUUUCUGCGUCUCAGCUGGCAGUUGGCUGUGAGGAAGGUGUGUUUGUAUGGCAUGUGGACCCAAACUCAGUAGUGACCCGCCCUUCCAUGAGUUGCGCAACUGUGCUAAAGAGACCACAUCACUCACCUGUCACCAGUGUUACCUGGAACCCACAGGGAGACGUGCUGCUCACGGCCUCUGCUGCCGACACUGCCAUGUAUGUGUGGGAUGUGGCCAUGGAAAAGUUUGUGACCUUGAGACGUGUGGGUGGUGGAGGUGUGUCUUUAGUCACUUGGUCUCCAGAUGGCUCCAAGGUGUUUGCUGCCACAACUGGCAUCAUAUUCAGGGUGUGGGGCACCAGCCAAUGGCUACCUGAGCGGUGGACUGUUGUUUCCGGACAUGUGCAGGCUGCAUGCUGGAGUCCAUGCGGCUCUGUGCUAUUGUUUGCCACCUCAGAGGAGCCACUGAUCUACUCCCUGACAUUUAGCAAGGUGGACACUGCGUUCCAGGGUGAUAAUACUUCAAAGACAGCUCUGCCAAUUGUGGACUUGACUGAAGUGGAGGUCAAUGAAGGAGAGAGAGUGGGUGGCGUUGUUGUAUCACUGAUGUGGGACACCAGGGGGCAACACUUGGCUGUGAUGUUUAAGAAGACAGACCUUGUUGCCAUAUUUUUGACGGAGCUACACGCUUUGCUGCAGGUGUCUCCAUGUUGCUUGGUGCAAGGUGUGUCGGGAGAAAUUCCAAACUGCAUCAGCUUCCAGCAGAAUUUUGGGGAUGGGGCAUGCCUCACAAUUGCAUGGUCCAGUGGGCGUGUGCAGUACUUCCCGCUGGUGCACUCAGACCUGAAAUCUGAACGGAACAUCUUCCAGGAGACUGCCAUCAGUCCAGACUGUUCAUUGCAGAACAUCUCCCUUGCCUCCACCUUCAGAACUAUGUGAUGAAUGCACCAAUGAGAAAUUUUGUAUGAUCACCUUGUAUGUUAUUCAGACUUGUAUUAUAUUGUAGCAUCAGUAUCUGCAUACCACAGACAAGCAUAAUGUAUUUUUUUAAAUCAUAUCCAUAUUUUGUGUUGCAUACAAGAAACAAAAUACAACUUCAAUAUGUCUUCCUA